AUGUCCUUCUCGAACAGCAGUGGUGGCACAAUCGCCCUACCAUCGCCAACACACGCUCACCACAUCGACGUCACAUCGGCAGUUCGCACAUUACGACGAUCUAUUUCGCGAUCACCUUCAAAGUUCUUGACGCGCUCCAGUCCGCAAUCGCUGAGCCCCGAGAGCCCCCACCAAACAUCACCUCAAUCGCCCUCCCAAUCGCCUUGCCGUCGAUUUGGCGCGACGCCUCAAAACCAACACACUCUACCGUCACAUACGCGGUCGGCACCACCUAACAACGGUAUCCUUCACCCCGCCUUCACGCCUUUCCGCCCCAACGUCCGACUUUCCUUAAGGUCCGCCAAAGCCGGAAAGACCUCUCCCUUGAGACAGUUGACAAGAACCCGCACGUCGCCAAGGAGUCCUCUGAAGCGGGCUCUGAACACCGCACCCGACAGUGGCAAUUCUUUACCCGCCAUGCCCGCGCCCUCUGUUAUCGACGUUACAGGACAAGAGAACAACGCGCUCGGAGCCACAAGCCCUCUGACUGUGAGUCCCGAGAAGCGAAGUAACCUUCACCUCGAAGCACCUGGAUCUUCGCCAACGGCAUUUAUCAAGUCCCUUGACGGGCACUACGAAUUCCAAAUGGUUCCCAAUAAUGGAUCGUUGAAGCGCAGCGAUGCGACUAUGAAUCUGGACCAGCCGAGCCAGGAAAGCCCAGUGGCUAAGCGUCGUAGCUUGCAUGGAAUCUCGGUGCUGGGCCAGAACGAGGACCAGAACGUCUUUGGUUCCAACACAACAUCGUCGCAGAGCUUCUUUAUCCACGAGGAUGCAUCUACAGAGUAUGAGAUUGCGGGCACUACUGGGUCGCCAUUCCGGGACCCGGUCCCUUCCCCAACACCUACAAACAGCAAUGUACCCAAGAGGUCAUCGUCUUUGCGGAAGUCGACCCUGCAACAAAGAUACGGGGAGCGGGGUUCUUGGGGCAGAAGGUCUGGCGAGCGACAGCUAGCUCAGAUGAGCGCCGAAUACUCCCCUGUCCGAAGUCGCCCACGCCUCUCUCAGGACCAGUUUGUCCCUCCUGCUGUACCUCAAGAGAGUCCUUUUGCGUCCACAACACCAGCUUCGAAACCACCUACUUUUAUCACCGAUGUUGACUAUGAGUCUAAUCCACUAUCUACUACACCCACCUCGCAACCGCCUGGCUUCGCAGGUGCUGAUAUGGGCUACGAGCACACACCUGUAUCAACUACGCCUAUUUCGAAGCCCCCUAUCUUCGCGGUCGACAAGGGACAUCAACCCCAUCCGUUGUCCAAGACCUUGACGACAUCAUCUUCAGGCAAUAGCCUCACUGAGGAGACGCCCAUGUAUGCUCCUGUUGCCAGGGUGCCAGCUAAAUCUCACAUCUUUUCACGCUCCCUGCCCCUCAAUGCAACAAGGCCAACCCGUCCCAAUGAUAUGGCCAGGGCUAUGGCGACGCCUAGCCAGAACCAUCUGUGGGUCGGUGCUUUCAACUCUACUGGUUUGAUUUCCAAGGUCAACCGAAAUCCCGAGGAGGAUGCAGACAAGAAGAUGGCACCUCCUGAUACACCGUGCAAGAAGCACUCUAACCCUUUCGCCACUUUCCCUCCACCAGCCGGGAGUGCCAUGAAGAAGAGGGUUAACAACCGAAAUUCUUUUGGCGGAAUUCCCUCAACACCGUUCAGCAAUGGCGGCGUCCAGGGUACCAACUCUAACCCCUUCAGUAGGCCUGGUAAGGGCAUGUCUAUCUUCCAACGCAGUGCUUCUAGGGGUGCACGCCGCGGUAGCGUCCUUAGUCUCGAUGGCGACGAGAACAAUCUUUUUAAUGACACGCUUGACUUCUCCACCCCAAUGGAGGGCGACGCUCCUCCAACCCCGACCAAGAAUACUCUUACUCCCAGCCUUAGCAAGGUUAGCGAGCACUCUUUCGAAAGCCCUCAGGACAACCACAGCCCAACCGCGAAUCGUAUCCUCCACGCCCCUACGCCCAUCUUCGGUAACCCAAUUCCUCGAGAAGCAACUUCGAGCCCUCUUGAUGGACGAAGAACACCGCAAACACCUCGUGAGAGUUUGCUUCCCCUCGAUACCAGCCGACUGUCAAUUUCGCAGGCUGGCGACUCCUUUUCUGACAACAUGGCGCCUCCCGUAACCCCAACAGCAGGCCGAGAUUUGAGGUCCUCAACUAGCCUCCUUGUUACCCCCGUGAAUAUCCGCACCAGCAACGUUGAUCUUGACGUGAGCUUGUCAUCACGGUUUGAAAAGGUUGAGCAGAUUGGAAAGGGAGAAUUCUCGCUUGUCUACCGAGUCACUCAAGUGGACCAACAGCAGAUGACCUUCGAUGACCUCAUCGCAACUCCCUCAAAGAGCCCCGCAAAGGGAAAGGUAUUUGCCGUGAAGAAGAGUAAGCAACCUUUCCAAGGACCCAGGGAUCGGGAAACCAAGCUCCGAGAGGCGGAGAUUCUCAAGGCCUUGAGCCACUCCCAGCAUGUGGUACAGUAUUUUGACAACUGGGAGCACAACUAUCAUCUGUACAUCCAGACUGAGUACUGCGAGGAGGGCACCCUCGACAAGUUCUUGGGCAAUGUUGGACGGGGAGGUCGAUUGGAUGACUUCCGCAUCUAUAAGAUCCUUCAGGACCUUUGCCUGGGUCUCAAGGACAUCCACGACGCUGGCUUCAUGCACUUGGACUUGAAGCCGGCAAACAUCCUUGUCACCUUUGAAGGCGUUCUCAAGAUCGCUGACUUUGGUCUGGCUCAAUCAUGCUCAUCUGCUGAGGGUGUUGACGUUGAGGGUGAUCGUGAGUACAUGGCUCCCGAGAUGCUCAAGGGCAAAUCCUGCCAAUCCGCCGACGUCUUUUCUCUGGGCCUCAUCAUCCUCGAGACCGCAGCAAAUGUAGUCCUCCCUGACAACGGACCUACUUGGAUUGCUCUGCGUUCCGGUGAUCUCUCCGAAGUACCCAGUCUAACCUGGAACCCUUCAAUCGAGGUUCAACGAGAUGCGACUGGUAACCCUACCGAGGGAAUGGUCAGCGACGGGUUCGCUAGUGACAAGACCCAUGACCCAAGCAACCUGUUUGGCUCCUACAAGCGAUCGGAACUACAGCAACCUCCCGACUUCAUGGUCAAUCCCAUGCACGUUAGCUCGCUUGAUUCUAUUGUGCGAUGGAUGACAGCGCAGGAGCCCAGCGAACGGCCAACUGUGCACCAAGUCCUUCAACUAGAGGGUAUGCAGUGGAUCAGCCACCAGCGCGCCGCACCGGCUACUGUUUACGAAGGAAACUGGGGACCAGCCGACAUGUUCCCCAUCUCCGAAAUAUCAAUCGCAGAGGGCGGCGACAGCGACACAGAGAUGACGGAUGUCUAA